AUGGAGGAGCAAGAAUGGACGGGACAAUCUGAUCCCCAUGAUGGUGAGACUAGUAAACACAGCCGAUGGUCGGAACACUGUAAAACAUUUCUUAUCCGAGAUUCCCAUGGAGCUGUCAAAGAACUUGUCUUUCCUAGGGCUCUAGACCUGGACAGACCAAAGCGGGAGCGAACUAUCUUUUCCAGCCGUCAGUUGGGUUGUCUGGAGGAAGAGUUCCAAAAAAAUCAGUACCUUGUUGGGAAAGAGCGAUCAGCAGUUGCCAAACAGUUGGGUCUUUCGGAAACACAGGUAAAAGUCUGGUUUCAGAACAGAAGGACAAAACACAAGAAAGACAAUGAACGAAGCGGCGAAGGCAAGGAUUUUCAAGCAGAGAGCAAAGCUGCCCGGAAUGUCCUAAAGUUACUUGAGUACAAGACAGCACUUAGCUACAGCUCAUUACUAAGCCAGCCACCCACACAGCUAGACACCUUCCGAAAUAUAUCCUCCAACAGCAGGAGUUUUCUAAUGCUCCAAAGCCCCAAUAAAACUGUUGAAAAAGAACAAACACUUGAUGCGAAUUUGAAGCCGCAAGAUAAUAAGUUAGAUCAGUCACCAAGGCAGAUUAGAGGUGCGGAGUUCAAUGCUCUGCUUCCAAUGACUCGUUCGCAGGCUGCUACUAAAAACGUACUUUCUAUCACAGACAUGAUUACCGACGAUGUUUCCGUAGACAUGGCACCAAACAGCUCAUCUGUUAGCGGCAGCUCCGAAUCGUUUCAGAACUCUAGUGAUGAUUUACUUCAUCAAGGCAUAGAUCAUUAUAAUGAGACAGAGACUGAGAUAAUAAAGACCCGUGGAGGUACGGAAGGUUCCA